AUGAAGUACUCUCCAGGAACAAAGCUUACUGUUGGUCAUCAUCAAGUCUCAAUUAUCAAAUACAUUUCGGAAGGAGGGUUUGCCCAUGUAUACACGUGUACUACGGAACCAGCAUUCAAUGGAUGCUCUGUGGCAUGCUUAAAGAGGGUUGUUGUCCCCAAUAAACUCCAAUUGACAUUACUUAGACAAGAAGUUGAUGCUAUGAGAAGGCUAAGAGGGAACCCAAACAUUGUCAGCUACAUUGAUCUGCAUGCGGCAAGAUAUAAACCUCAUCCACUGGAGAACAGUCUUAAGGGGGAACAACAAUAUGAAGUGUUUUUAUUGAUGGAGUAUUGUUCCAAUAAUGGGUUAAUUGAUUUUAUGAACCAAAGAUUGGUACACAAGUUAACAGAACCGGAAAUUCUUCAAAUAAUGUAUGAUGUCACUUCUGGAGUUGCUAUGUGCCAUCACUUAAGACCCCCUUUGAUCCAUAGAGACAUUAAGAUUGAAAAUGUAUUGAUAGAUGUUAAUCAUAAAUAUAAAUUGGCUGAUUUCGGUUCAGCAGUUGCAUAUUCUAAUCCCCCGACUACAAAGCAAGAGUUUGAUACUUUAAAGGAAGAUAUAAUGUAUCAUACUACUCCUCAAUAUAGAGCUCCGGAAAUGAUUGAUCUUUCAAGAGGGUUCCCCAUUGAUGAUAAGCUGGAUAUAUGGGCACUAGGAUGUUUCUUGUAUAAGCUUUGCUAUUAUACCACCCCUUUUGAAAGACCCAAUCAAAAAUCCCUUCAUGAAUUAGAUCAAUUGAUCUUAUCCGCUGAUACUUCUCUUCGGUUCAAUGAUCAACCAGGGUCAAUAUUCUCCCCAAGAUUGAAGAAUAUCAUCAAAGUGUGUCUUAGAGAGGACCCUAGAAGACGUCCAAAUGCAGUUCAAGUGCUUUCAGAAGUUUGUAGCAUGAUGAACGUUUCUGUUCCUAACGUUAUUCCAUCAAGUGUAACCAUGGCUCAACAGCAUCAACAGCAACAACAAUUACAACCAUUAUUACAACCGGCUCGUUCGGUUUCUCCAAGGAAAAAGUCUUCAGAAGAUCUCUUAUCACGUCCUUCCAAGUCACAUUCGUCUACCUCUUUAACUAAAGAGUCAACUCCUAAAAUUAUACAUGAUUUAGUCAAGUCACCAGCUCCAACCAAUAAGAACACUUCCUCAUCAUCGUCAUCAUCAAAUUCAUCAUUGAAUGCUCCUACAUCGAAUGUACCGGUAUCAUCACCAGCCAAUCCGAAGUUUAGAGAAAUGUUAAAAUCUGCUACUUCCAAUAGACCUUUGAGCUAUAUCGGUCCAUCUGUCAGUGACGAUCGUUCUAAGUCUUCUACCUCCCUUCAAUCAUUUGUUCAUUCACAGCUCGAAAGUGAACAGGUGUAUACCUUUGAGAAUAACGUUAAUGAUUUGGACUUUCUCAGAUCAAAAGAACUUGAACUGCAACAGCGAAACCACACUGGAGGGUCAAUUAAAUCAGCUUUUUAUAGUGGCUUGAAACGGAUUGGUACUGGAAAUAGUAAUGUCAGUUUGAAUAGUCUUAACAAUCAAGACACUGGACCAAAGAAUAGAAGAACAUCAAUGAAUUCAAUCAAACAAUUACUCACAGGUGGAGGUUCAUCCAGAAAGUCUUCUAACAACAACAAUAAUAAUAAUAAUAAUAAUAAUGGGUUUAGAGCUACUGAAGAUAAUACUAUUAAACAAGAACAAGAACCAGAAACUAUUGGUAGAAAGUCUUCCAUCCAGAGUCGAAUGAAAAUGCUUAUGAAAUCAAAGGACACACCAAUACAAAGAACAGCCAUAGGUUAUGGUAAAUUCACUGCUGGAAUAAGUCCUGAACCCACAACUGCGGCCCAAUCUCAAUCAUUGCAUGUGGAAAAAGCAAGAGGAAGAACUAUUAAAAAGGAAUUGCAUCCUCCUCAAAUACCUUCUAGCUUAAGUUCAACGAGGCUGAAUGAAGACGACAAGACUACCAACACAAAGGGGAAGCUACCACCUUCUAAACCUUCUAAGAAACCACCACCAAAACCAAAGAAACCAAAGCAAUUGAAUGGUAUUCCGAGGAGACUCAGUAAUUCAAGUGUUGAAUCAUUACCUGAUGUUGAUGAUCUAGAAAGACAAUUUUCUAAACGGUUUCCAACUUUAAAAUUGGCAUAA